UGCUGCUGCUGCUGCUGCCGCCGCCGGGGCUGACGGUCUCCGGCCCGCCGGGCUGGGGCCGAGCCACCCCGCCGCCCGAGGAUGUGGAUGAGUGUGCCCAAGGGUUAGAUGACUGCCAUGCCGAUGCGCUGUGUCAGAACACACCCACAUCCUACAAGUGUUCCUGUAAGCCUGGCUACCAAGGGGAGGGCAGACAGUGUGAGGACAUCAACGAAUGUGACAGUGAGCUCAACGGAGGCUGUGUCCACGACUGCUUGAAUAUCCCAGGCAACUAUCGCUGCACCUGCUUUGAUGGCUUCAUGUUGGCUCACGAUGGCCAUAACUGUCUUGAUGUGGAUGAAUGUCUGGAGAACAACGGCGGCUGCCAGCACACCUGCGUCAACGUCAUGGGGAGCUACGAGUGUCGCUGCAAAGAGGGCUUCUUCCUGAGUGACAAUCAGCAUACGUGCAUUCACCGCUCAGAAGAGGGUCUGAGCUGCAUGAACAAGGAUCAUGGGUGUAGUCACAUCUGCAAGGAGGCCCCCAGGGGCAGUGUUGCCUGUGAAUGUCGGCCUGGUUUUGAGUUGGCCAAGAACCAGAGAGACUGUAUCUUGACUUGUAACCAUGGAAAUGGUGGAUGUCAGCACUCCUGUGAAGACACAGCUGAAGGCCCUGAGUGUAGUUGCCAUCCACAGUAUAGGUUGCACACCGAUGGGCAGAGCUGCCUUGAGCAAGAGGGCACUGCUAUGGAUGUGACAGAAAACGCCACAUCAGUGGCAGAUGGAGAUAAGCGGGUGAAACGGCGGCUGCUCAUGGAAACGUGUGCUGUCAACAACGGAGGCUGUGAUCGCACCUGUAAAGAUACAUCGACAGGUGUUCACUGCAGUUGUCCCAUUGGGUUCACUCUCCAGUUGGAUGGAAAGACGUGUAAAGAUGUUGACGAGUGCCAGACCCGAAAUGGAGGUUGUGAUCAUUUCUGCAAAAAUACUGUGGGCAGUUUUGACUGCAGCUGCAAAAAAGGAUUUAAAUUGUUAACAGAUGAGAAGUCUUGCCAAGAUGUAGAUGAGUGCUCUUUGGAAAGGACUUGUGAUCACAGCUGCAUCAACCACCCUGGCACGUUUGCUUGUGCCUGCAACAGAGGGUAUACCCUCUAUGGCUUCACCCACUGUGGAGACACCAAUGAGUGCAGCAUCAACAACGGAGGCUGUCAGCAGGUCUGUGUGAACACAGUGGGUGGCUAUGAAUGCCAGUGCCAUCCAGGAUACAAACUCCACUGGAAUAAAAAGGAUUGUGUGGAAGUGAAGGGGUUCCUGCCCACUAGUGUGUCACCCUACGUGUCCCUGCACUGUGGUAAGAGUGGCGGAGGAGACAGGUGCGUUCUGAGAUGUCACUCUGGCAUUCACCUCUCUUCAGGAUUGCAAGAGGCCUACUCUGUCACCUGUGGCUCGUCCUCUCUCAGGAGCAGACAGCAAAAAUCCAAUGAUUCUGCUUUUAGGGAUGUCACCACCGUCAGGACAAGUGUAACCUUUAAGCUAAAUGAAGGAAAGUGUAGUUUGAAAAAGGCUGAGCUGUUUCCUGAGGGUCUGCGACCAGCACUACCAGAGAAGCACAGCUCAGUAAGAGAGAGCUUCCGCUAUGCAAACCUUACAUGCAGCUCUGGCAAGCAAGCCCCAGGAGCCCCCAGCCGACCGAGCGCCCCUAAGGAAAUGUUUCUCACUGUUGAGUUUGAGCGGGAAACUUACCAAAAGGAGGUGACAGCUUCCUGCAAUCUGAGCUGCAUGGUAAAGCGGACAGAGAAGCGGCUGCGGAAGGCCAUUCGCUCACUCAGGAAGGCCGCCCACAAGGAGCAGUUCCACCUGCAGCUCUCAGGCAUGGACCUUGAUGUGGCUAAAAAGUCCCCCAGAGCAUCUGAACAGCGGGCAGAGUCCUGUGGAGUGGGUCAGGGCCACGUUGAAAACCAGUGUGUCAGUUGCAGGGCUGGGACGUAUUAUGAUGGAGUACAAGAACACUGCAUUUUAUGUCCAAAUGGAACCUUCCAAAAUGAGGAAGGACAAGUCACCUGUGAACCAUGCCCAAGACCAGAAAAUCUUGGGGCCCUGAAGAUUUCAGAAUCAUGGAACAUGUCUGAAUGUGGAGGCCUGUGUCAACCUGGUGAAUAUUCUUCAGAUGGCUUUACCCCUUGCCAACUCUGUGCCCUGGGCACAUUCCAGCCUGAAGUGGGCCGUACUUUCUGCUUUCCAUGUGGAGGAGGUCUUCCUACCAAACAUCUGGGAGCCACUUCCUUCCAGGAUUGUGAAACCAGAGUUCAGUGCUCACCUGGACAUUUCUACAAUACCACCACGCACCGAUGUAUUCGUUGCCCAUCAGGGACGUACCAGCCAGAAUUUGGAAAGAAUAACUGUGUUUCCUGCCCAGGAAAUACUACCACAGACUUUGAUGGCUCCACCAACAUAACACAGUGUAAAAACAGAAGGUGUGGAGGGGAGCUGGGGGACUUCACUGGAUACAUUGAAUCCCCAAACUACCCCGGGAACUACCCAGCUAACAUGGAGUGCACCUGGACCAUCAACCCACCCCCUAAGCGCCGUAUCCUGAUCGUGGUCCCCGAGAUCUUUCUACCCAUAGAGGAUGACUGUGGCGACUACCUGGUGAUGCGGAAAACCUCUUCAUCCAAUUCAGUGACCACAUAUGAAACCUGCCAGACCUACGAACGCCCCAUCGCCUUCACCUCCAGGUCAAAGAAGCUGUGGAUUCAGUUUAAGUCCAACGAAGGGAACAGUGCCAGAGGCUUUCAGGUCCCCUAUGUGACGUACGAUGAAGACUACCAAGAACUCAUUGAAGACAUAGUUCGAGACGGCAGGCUCUAUGCAUCUGAGAACCACCAGGAAAUACUGAAGGAUAAGAAGCUGAUCAAGGCUCUGUUUGAUGUCCUGGCCCACCCCCAGAACUAUUUCAAGUAUACAGCCCAGGAGUCCCGAGAGAUGUUUCCAAGAUCUUUCAUCCGGCUGCUACGUUCCAAAGUGUCCAGGUUUCUGAGGCCUUACAAAUGACUCUUCCCACGUGCCACUCGGGACACGUGUCCCACUGUGGGUUCAGUGGGCUGAAGCUGUCUACCUUCCACAUGCCUGCAUGCUGCUGGAUGUCAUCACCUCCAGUAUCAGUGACUCAUUAGAGGUCAAUGUUUAUAGAUAAUACAGAUAUUUUGGUAAACAAAACUUGGGUUUUCUUUCCCAGUAUUAUGGGUAUGGACAGAGAAUGGCUUUGAGUGGCACUGGCUUCUCAUUGCUGUGGACAGAGCUCAAGGAUGCAGAGAGGGCUGGCUGUGCUGGCCUCAGUCUGAGCAGGUGAGAAUCUCUUCCCCUUCCUGUCUCUUCCCCCUCCCCUCCCCGUCUCCCCCCCCCCACUCCUCCCCAAAAUGGAAAGGAGGCCACAGAAGGGGCUACCUUAUCUGAAGUGUCACUUCCUCCAGACCAGACUCUCCUGGGGAGUGCCUGCACCCAAGCACAGGUUCUGACCAGGCUGCACAGGCAAGCAGGAGGAGUGUGCAAGCAUUCCAGGACCCACCCAGCCACCCUGAGACCUGAGAGGACUCCAGGUCCCCUCUGCCUUCUCCAUCCUCUAUGAUGGGAGUUUCAUCUCAAAUGCUUGAUCCUAAGGAGAUAUUGGGGGGAAGGAGUAGAAAUAAAAGGAAAAUAAAGCCCUUCUGCAGGCAUUAA